GAGAAGCGGUUUGCGCCCGUUGUCCCUGCCUGUUGACGCGGAACAGACGACUGAGGGGCUGGUGAGACGCCCUUCAGAUUCGAGUAUUUGGCCCUUUUAACCUUGGCUAUUGCUCGAUUUCCCGUCUUGGUGUGCACAUGGUAAAUGCCACUAUUUGAAGCGCAGUCGCCUUCAGAAUGCCACUUCAUCGCGUCGUUAUAUGGGCGCAUUCCACCGACAAGGAGAGAUUCCGACCUUUUGCAUCUGAGUGAGAGAGCUCCUCCCGUCCACCGAGCCUGGCGGGAAGCUCCCAGGCAGGAGGCCAGGAAGCCUUGCCUGAUUUCUGCCCCUUGAGGAAUUAGAUUCUUAGGAGUCGUGUUCACCUUGCCCAUUGUCACUGCAGUUGCCUCAGUAUCUAGCAAUUCCAUAAUGAAGAGUCUGGCAACUUUCCUUGGCUAUAAUCGGACAGCAUAGAGCUUGAGCUGAGUAUUAUGAGUGCUUCCUUUUUAUAUUAGGGUUCCAGGAGCAGCUGUACUCGGAGAUUGAAAAAGCGCUGGCUGGUAUACACUCAUCAGAACAGGGAUUCCAGACUUUUUGGAAUUGUCUUGCCGCAAGGGGAUCUGCAAGAUGGCAAAAGGUAUGGAGGCAGCGCCAAUUGUCAUCAAGUUGUAUAGCAAGCCAGAAGUGCCUCAAGUUACAAUUGAUAUCAAGAAUCUCUUCAGUGACAGAGAUAAAUGUGAAAAUGAAAGUGAGAGCUCCUUUAGUGGCUUUGAAUCAGAGGACAAACCAGGCAGUAGUUGUCGUAAGAAGAGAUAUGUGAAAAAAUCUCAGAAAAGAUCACAAAAGCAAACAUUUAUGGAAAGAAGCUAUCAGCAAACAAAUGAAUCCAUGGGUGGAUAUAUGCCAUGUACAUGUGGUGGUGAUACAUCCAUAGUAAAGUUAAGUGGCCCCAGAAAAUACUCUUUGUCAGAGAGACAGAUAAUUGAGAAAACAGGCUCUCCACAGACAAUGCAGCCUUCAAAAGUUGUGUCUCCACCAGGCACUUCAAUUACAAGCUCAAGCAGAUCAAAUCACUGUGACACCAACCAGUCCAAGGCAAAUAAGUACAUACGAAAAGUUAUUGUCCUUCACAAAGACUUUUUUGACAUUCCAUAUAUGACUCCAAAUAAACAUGGAAGCUUAAACAACAGAAGUCCAGGAAAGAAAAGCUAUGGUUUAAUUAGAGACAGUAAUUGUCAGAAAAAUUAUAAAACUAUCACUAAAAAAGUUUCUUUUGUUAGCAAAACAGGGCAAGCAUCUGAACUAUCCAAGGAUAGUAACUGUCUUGUAAAGAUUGAUGGAAAUAAGAAGUGUAAUGUAUACAGAUUUGUUCAUUCUGAAAGAACUGUGGAAAAAAGUUCAUCUGUUUUGUAUUCUUCCCAGACGAACAGCACGCAUCUCACAACUACAUUGUCACAAGCAUUGCUACCAAAAAUAUUGCCAUCAAAUCCCAAUGUUACUGAAGAUGUUACUACUGUUGGAGAAGUGAACGAACACAAUGAUGUAACCCCAUCAUGCUUUCCUUCAGAACAUGAUUAUUGUUUUUCAUCUGCAACCAGUCUUCAGGGUAGCUGUCUCAACUGUAAAGUUACUCCUGUUUCCCAUACUGCUUGUGCUAAUGUCUCCCGGGCAUGUCAGUCAUUCACAUCAAAGUCCAGUUCAGAAAGUGCUCAAGGGUCUGAGGACUUCACUUGCAGGGAAACAGAAGCAGCCCAAAUUAUGCUUGACCUUUUUUAUAGUGGCAGUAGUGCAGAUGUAGAGAAUAAUGGAUGUUACGACCCUGGUGCUAGAAAUUUAGAAAAGGUAUCUCAUUCUGCAGUUAUAGGAGAUGAACAUGAAGGUCCAGAAGAAAGAGCAGAGACGAAUGAACAUGCCAUUCCAAAUAAUAGUAGUUUACACCGUAAAUCUUGCCACAAUCUAGAAAGAAUGACAGAUAUUCAGCCUCUUGAAGGAAUUUUAAUUGCUUCUAAUAAUCUGAGAAGAAUGUCUCAUUACAAUCAUGGGAAUACAGACACUCUGAAUGUUGACAGACCACCAAGGGCAGGUCUUAGGAGUCACAUGUGCAGUAGUCUUAGAAAAUUGGUUUCAGCUCAGAAACUUUAUGGAGCAAUUGGUGAAGUAAAGGAAGUUCCCUCAGUAGUGCAGAAAAGUAUAGUAGAUAAGCAAAGGAUAUACAAAAGGGCUACAGAUGAUAUAAUUUCAGAUCAGAAAUUUAGAAAUGUCAAAAAAAAAAGCAACAAAGUUCAAACUUCUUACUCACAAAAAUGCAAAAGGUUCCAGAGCUCACUAGUGAAAUCAUCAGAAAAAUCAAGGGAAAUCCACAAGUUGAAGGAAAAGAUCCCAGGUAGAAGCAAAUUCAAAGAAUAUCACACUGGUAGUAAAGUAAAGAGAAGUAAAAAGGAGGGGAAUAAUAAUGAGGAACUUGUUUUUACUUAUUUCCAAAAUGAGAAUGAUCAGUCUUGUGAAUCGGAAGACAGUCUUAUCAGUGGGACAACAGAUGCAGAUGAAAUAACAACAUUCAGAUAUGGUGAAAUGGAAAUCGGCUACAAAGCUAGUAAUGGAGGUCUCAUAGAAGCCAGAAUCCCAGAUGGCAACAGGGACCCAGUGGAACAACAUAUAUUGCUCAGUGCACUUGGCCUAAACAAGAGGCAGAAUCCACGUACAUGUAAACUCCAAGACAUUUCUCCCUCACAUAUUGUACACAGGACAGGAAAUAUAACAGCAUUUGUCAGAAGACUGCAAGAGUGCCAAAUAGUGCUUAAAGACUGUUGCAAGAUUUUGAAAAACAAAGAGCAUUUAAGUAGUGAUGUUACUAAAAACGAUCGAGAUGAAGAUGUCAAAUCAAGUCCAGUUAGAGAAACAGAAACUACAUAUACAAAUCUGUAUAGUCCUGUUAGCAACUUCAGUUUUGAAGGUUUUCCAACUCCAGAUAUAGAGAUUGCUGAAGAUUUUACGAUGUCAGAUCUAGAAUGUGGUGAGGAACUAAGAUAUCCAGCAACAACUGCCAAGAGAGAGGAUGAUAAGUUGAGAGCUCUUGACUCGUUUCCUCAAAAUAGGAAUAUCCAAGAGCCCAGAGGUCUGUUUAGGGGAAGAACGGAUUAUGAAGAUGCAAACACCAACAAACUCCAUUCUGAAGGGGGAUUUCAACAGAUGAGAUGUGAAAAUAAAGUAAAUAAACUUCAAAAGGGAAAUUUAUCUCAGAAUAUAGAUAAAAAGUGUAACCCUGAACAGGUCAGUCAACCUGUAAUUAGCAGUUCACAAGAAGCAUAUUCUAGUAAUGAAAACUCCUGUCCUGGGGUGAAGGAUGAACAAGGUGAAGGAAUCAUUUCCAUAACAAAGAGAAAUGAGGUAAUCAGGAAUAGGUGUCUUUCCUGUGGAAAGUCAUGUUUCACGAAAGCAAAACUGAAGAGACACGUUACCAGAAAUCAUGGGAUUGGAAAUCAGUUUAAUCAAAAGGAUGAAAUUUCUCACCGCUGUAGAGGUCCUUGCUUAGAAGCAACUAUGAGAAAAUCUGCAAAAUUAGAGAUGUCCAAUGUAAUGUUAAUACAUAGCACAGAACUAAUAACAGCAUCCAAGCCUGUAGAAAGUUAUGAAGACCUAUCUAGAGCUUUAAGUCAGAAAAACUGCGACAAUAAUAAUAAUCUAGAAAUUCCAUAUGUAAACAUGCAAGAUGAAAAAGUUUUUUGCAUGAAGCAAAAAUGCAAAGAAUCUUUGAUGAAAGGAAAGGAAAGAAUAGACAAAGUGAAUUUGUCUAGUGGCAGUUGCCAAAUAAUUGAACCAUGCAUUGUUUCCAAUAUGACAGAUAAUACAGAAACUAUUGCUUCAAACAGUCCACAAAAAAGAAAACUGAAAAGUACACUUGAGGAUAAUAGUUCACUAUGUGAGCAGUUAAGGGUGUUACUGGAACCAUAUAUCAAGAAGGAAGAAACUAUUAUACAAGGCAGAGAUUUAGAAUUGUGGAGCAAUGAUGGAAGAACUGAGACAAUCCCACCUGAAAAUAUACUAAUUAGUUUACUUAGCCCCAAUCACCCUAGGUACGAGGUGGAUAAGAGGAAUACCAAGAAAAGUCAGCAGAAGAACUUUGCAAAUGAAGUCAACUUAGGACCAGAACAAAAAGAGGGUCUCUUUCCAGUUUCUAACAGAGAAGGAAAAAAGGUAAUUUGUCGUCGCAAGAGGCACAGAACCAUCGUGAUCAAUGGAAAGAGAUGGUAUCCCUGUAGUGUAUGUAAACACAAGUUCUCAACCUCUGGAGACCUGUCAAGGCAUAUGAGGAAGCACACAGGGGAGAGACCUUACAAAUGUUUGAUUUGCUCAAGUUCUUUUAAAGAAAAAGGGGCUCUCAAUAGGCACAAUGAAGUGCACAAAGGUAGUAGGCCAUAUGCUUGUAGAAUUUGUGAUUCAAAGUUUACCCAGAAAAUUCACUUGAAAACUCACCUAAGAAUUCAUACAGGGGAGAAACCAUUUAGAUGUGAACAAUGUGGUAAAGUUUUCUCUCGUGUUGACCAUCUUAAAGGACAUCUUAAUACCCACACUUCAGAUCGCCCGUAUAAAUGUAAAAUUUGCUUUCGUGCUUUUAAGUGCUGUGCUAAUUUGAGUAAUCAUAAACGAACUCAUGAUGAAUAUAAGCAUUACAAGUGUCAGUACUGUCCAGCUGCCUUUCGAGUUUCUAAUAGUUUAAAAGUACACUUAAGAUUUCAUACAAUUGAGAGGCAAGUAAAUUGUCAAAAACUAUAUAUUGAAAACAGUUUGAGGAAGCAAUCAGUAUCAAAACUUCUGUAAUUUAAAUGUUUCAAUCUUGCACUUGUGUAAACAAAUGAUUUUUGUUGUCUGUAAUCAAAGCCAGAAUUUGGUGUCAGUUUAGCUCCAUUUAUUUGGAAAGCAUUAAUUCUUCAGUUCAUAGGAGAUAGAACCAACCCAAAAUGAUAUAUAUUAUACAUUAUAUCUCAUGGUAAAGGGAAAUCAGUGCUUUCAUAUUAGUAGAGCGGUUUCCUUAUUUUUAGGCACUGAACUUUUCAUUAUAAAUACAAAUGGACAAUCUUGUUACCAAAAUGUGCCUAAAACUAAAAGCAGAUAAUUCUUUUUAGUUUACAUGUAUAAUUUUUGGGUGUGUAAUUUCUUUAUUAUAUGUUUAUCAUA